AUGCCUAAGAGAAAGUCACUCACUGGCAGUAAAGAGCGCAAGAGGGAUGCUAUGAGGAAGAGGCAAAAGAGACUUCAGUCCUGCCCUGAUCCUCCAUUAGAAGAAACACUGACAGUGGAUGCAGCUGCUCCUGGUUCAGAGUGUGGCUCUAUAGGGUUGCCACCUACUUCGCUAAAACCCUUGGCCAGGGUGCAGGCCUCUCCUAGUGAGAAAAUGCACUCAGCCCCGAGGUUGUCACCUCCUCGGGGAAGUCGUCUGAUUGUCCCAAAGGACAAGGUAGCAUCCCCUGACUCCCCAGCGUGGGUUUGUACUCCACCGAGAGUACCUGAAUCGGACAUUUGGAUGAUGUCUGGUUCAGCAGGUCAGGCGCAGCUGAUACCUCCCAAGGGGGAAGAGGUCAGCAGGGCUUUAAAAAAAGAUGUAAGGCACAGAGAGGAAAACAAAGGAAAUAUAGAGGAAAACAAAGGCAAUAUAGAGGAAAACAAAGGUUCAUUUCAUCAAGGAGAUCCAAUGUUUGGUGAAAAUGCUGGAACUCAGUGUGUAGCUAACUCUUUAACAGCACUGGCAUAUCAUCAACUGAAGAAUUGUGAACAAUGGCAAUCAGCAGAUAUGAACAAAAUAUUGGCAACAGGAGAUGAGUUGUAUUCAUAUCUACAGUGUAGUUCUACAAUUGCAAGCAGAUACCUUUUAGUAAGUGAGUUGCCUCAGUUUUUCGAAUGCUUUGGUAGACUGUAUGAGUUUAAAGCAAAUGAGUCUUUACCAAGUCUGAUAAACUUAGCAAAUGUAGUACUGGAUUAUGCUGACUUCAAUGCUCACGAAUUGUUAGAGGCACUUCAAAUUGCCCUUGAUGAUAGUGAUGGGUGUUUUGUUUGUUUUGGCGGAAAUACAUUUUUGAUUGGGAAAUCUCACAAUAAUUUUUUCACAUUUGAUUCCCACUCAAGGUCUUCUGCAGGAUUUCAAAGUGUAAACGGUAGAAGUACACGAGUUUUGUACGAAUCCGUUCAAGAUUUAUGCAAUCAUAUUUUGUCUUUAGCUAAGUCAAUGGGUUAUACUGAAGCAAUUGAGUGUGAAAUAACUGGAGUGCAAUGUUCAGCUAGACAGCUUUCAUUGGAAAAGGAGGAAGGCAUCAAUAAAGAAUCACAAUUCAGUGAUGCAGAGAAAGAAGUGAACGAUUUUGCCAACUUUGAAUGUACUAGUAGUUCUAGUGUACAAAAUGAUGAUGAGGUAGAAUUUGUUGGGAGUGAGAACCAUCAGAUAAGAUUUUUACCACUUUCUAGUGAUCAAAAGAAAACACACUGUGAAAUCUUGGGAAUACCAUUUUCAGUGAAUGAGUGUGAAAAUCAACAUCAGUAUGGACAGGAAAUUACAGUACCAAUGAGCACUGUACUAGUUGAGCCAGAUGGAAAUUGUUUCUUUCGUGCAAUCUCAUUCUGUUUGACGGGAAAGCAAGACUACCAUCAGACAAUACGUUUAGCAAUAUGCAAUCACAUCUUGGAAAAUGGUUUACUUUUCACACCAUUCUUAAGGCCAGGUGUACAUUCUGUAGAAAACCACAUUUCCUUGUCAGGCAUGCUCAGGGAUGGAAUAUGGGCAACUGAAGUAGAGAUUCUAGCACUAUCUCAUUUACUGAGAACUGAAAUUCAUACAUACUCACAGAACAGAUGGGUUACUUAUUCUGGACAAAUGGUGAAUUCAGAAGAAAUCAUGGUCUCACUCGGGGGCAUUUAUUUAGAUCAUGUAAAUCAGAGUCAUUAUAAUGUUGUGACAUCUGUUACUUCAGUGACCUCAUUACAGAAUUUAUUGAGCUUCACAGAAAAUGAGAGGAAAAUUACAGAUAGAAACCAGAAGAGGAAACGGCAAGAAUCAGUUUCCUUUGAGAAUGAAAGAUACAAACUUCAGAUGUCUGAUGAAAGUGCUAAAGAAAGAAAAUUGUGUAGGAUGAACAUGAAUGUUAAAAGAUAUAAAACAAACAAGCUUCACAAAGAGGAGGUCAAAGAAAGAAGCAGACAGAAGUACAAAACAAACCUGUCACAUAGAGAAGAAGUUAAACAAAGAAGCAGACAGAAAUAUGAAACAAACCAGACCCACAAAGAAGAAGUCAAUCAAAGAGGCAGACAGAAAUAUAAGACAAACCAGACCCACAAAGAGGAAGUCAAACAAAGGAGCAGACAGAAGUAUGAAACAAACCAGACACACAAAGAGGAAGUCAAACAAAGGAGCAGACAGAAGUAUGAAACAAACCAGACACACAAAGAGGAAGUCAAACAAAGGAGCAGACAGAAAUAUAAAACAAACCAGGCCCACAAAGAGGAAGUCAAACAAAGAGGCAGACAGAAAUAUAAAACAAAUCAGACCUACAAAGAGGAAAGCAAACAAAGAAGCAGACAGAAGUAUAAAACAAACAAACAGCAUCAAAAGAAGGUUAUAGCUGCUAGUAAGGCCAGAUAUCAUUCUAGUGCAGAAACAAAGAUAAAGAGUAAGAAAUCAGUACAAAAACAAAGAAAAGCACUGCAUGAAAUGCUCAAAGACAUUGAUGAAGUAGUGAAAUCAUUUAAAGAUUGUGUUAGACAUGGACCAGAAUAUGUAUGUUGCUGCUGCCAUCGCCUUUUGUUUGAAAACCAAGUACAAGGAUGCUCGCUUGAUAUGUAUGAAAAUAAUAUAAAGGCUGCUCAUGUUGCAGAUUUAUGCAUUGAUAAGAAGUAUGUUCAUAGUUGUACAUCUGUAUGUGCUCAUAAUUGUCCCAAAUCAAGAACAUGGAUUUGUUUCACGUGCCAUAGGAAAAUUCUUACUGGAAAUGUUCCUGCUGAAGCAGCUUUCAACAAAUUGUGCUUGGAAGAUAUUCCACCAGAGCUCAAUAGCUUGAAUUCUUUAGAACAACACCUUAUUGCUCUUCAUAUACCUUUCAUGAAAGUAACAAUGCUUCCAAAAGGUGGCCAACAAAACAUACAUGGACCUGUCGUUUGUGUGCCAUCGAACAUAAAGAAAACAAGCAGUUUACCUCUAAAUGGAAAUGAAAAUCUCUUGUUACGAGUUAAACUAAAACGAAAGUUGUCCUACAAGGGAUAUUAUGAAUACCAGUUCGUAAACCCAAAUCAUGUUAAAACGGCUCUCAACUACCUGAAAGAAAACAAUCAGUGGUAUCAUGAUGUUGAAAUCAACACAACAUGGGAAAAUGAUAAUGACCAAAAUACCUUAUUCAAUCAGCCAGAAUCUUUUGACAGUGAAGAAAUAAGUGAAGAACAGAACAAUGCCAUGCAAGAAGUUGCCACAGAUACUUGUUUACAGCCUGUAGAUAUUGCGCAAGAAGUUCUAGAUCACUACUUUGAUGAUGUUUAUAAUCUUGCUCCGGGUGAAGGACAGAAUCCAGUAAGAAUGUUGCAAGAGGAGGGCAAUGAAGCAAAGACAUUUCCUUAUUUAUUUCCAACAGGAAAAUAUUCUUGGAACGAAAGUCGAGAUGUAAGGAUAACCCUUUCUCGAUAUUUUAACAACAGGCUGAUGAAUGCAGAUAACAGAUUCGCGAAGGAUACAAAUUACAUUUUCUUUUGUCAAUACCUAUCUGAAUUGAACCAGGUUAUUGAGAAAACACAAAUUUCAAUUCGCAAAUCUGUAUCGAAACUUGAUGGAGGACCAGUCACAACAGAAAUGUUGCAGAAUCCUGCUGUACUUGCAAAGCUGCUCAGGAGUGAUGAGGCUAUCCGAUUUAUGCAACCAAUAAGAGGAACACCUGCAUAUUGGUCAUGUGCACAAAAAGAUCUUUUUGCUAUGCUUCGACAACUUGGAAUUCCUACAUGGUUCUGUUCUUUCUCUGCAGCAGAAUACAGGUGGAAUGAAAUACUGGGUACAAUUAUGCUACAUAUGGAUGACAAUAGAAAUCCCUCUGAUCUAGAUUGGUCUGAGAAAAGUGAAAUUCUGAGAAGCAACCCUGUAACUGUUGCAAGAAUGUUUGAACAUAGGUUCCAUGUUUUCCAAAAUAAUGUAAUAAUGUCACCAGCAAAACCCAUAGGGAAUAUUGUAGAUUACUUCGUAAGGGUUGAGUUUCAGCAGAGGGGUUCUCCUCAUAUGCACUGCUUAUAUUGGGUUGAGAAUGCUCCAAAAUUAGAUGAAGAUAGUGAGGAGACUGUUUGUGACUUCAUUGAUAGGCAUGUUACAUGUGCUCUACCACCAGAAGACACUGACCAAGAACUUAGACAAAUUGUUUUGGAUGUACAACAGCACAGCAAAGGACACUCAAAAUCAUGUAGGAAAAAAGGAACAGAAUGUAGGUUCAAUUUUCCAAGGCCGCCCACAGAAAGCACAUUCAUUUCAAGACAGUUGGAACAAAAUAUGGAUGAUUCCAGCAAUGCGUUAGGUAGUGCGCAGGCAAAGGAGAUUCUGUUAAAGGUCUGGAAUGAAGUAAUGGAUGAUGCUAAUGCAUGUAAAACAACAGAGGAGAUAUUCAACAAUAUAAACCUUUCACAGGAUUUAUAUGAAAGAGCACACAAAGUAUUGACCUCUAAAACAACAACAAUUUUGAAACGAAAUCCAACAGAAAUGUGGACAAAUCAAUACAAUCCAUGCUUGCUCAAAAGCUGGGAUGCCAACAUGGACAUUCAGUAUGUAUUGGACCCUUUCAGCUGCAUAGUAUAUAUCAUAUCAUAUAUUUCAAAGUCUGAAAGGGAAAUGGGAAUGCUACUGAAGCAAACACAAAUAGAAGCAGCAGAGGGAAAUUUGAGUGCACAUGAUACCAUCAAGAGGGUAGGAUCAGCUUAUCUAAAUCACAGAGAGGUCAGUGCACAAGAAGCAGUAUACAGGGUGUGCAAUCUUAGGAUGAAAGAGAGUUCAAGAAAAGUCAUUUUCAUUCCUGUGGGGGAAAAUCCAACUCGUCUGAGUAAGCCUCUUGCACAAAUAAAAAAGAACAAGCAAGUUGAGAUUGGUGAACAUGAUUUGAUUGCAGAUGACAAUGAUGAUGAAGAAGAAAAUAGUAUGUGGAUGACAAAUAUUGUGGAAAGGUAUGAAAACCGUCCUGAGUUAAAUCUUUUCCAUAAAAUGUGUCUUGCUGAAUUCUGUUCAGAGUACAGAGUGCUCAGUAAAUCUCAGAUUCCUAAGAGCAAAAAAGAAGGUGUGUAUGAAUUGAGAAAUGGAAAGGGUUUCAUUCAAAAGAGAAGUAGAGGCAAACCUGCUGUUAUACGAUAUCCAAGAUUCCAUCGAGAUAACGCACCUGAGAAAUAUUAUCAGUGUCUGCUACAACUUUUCCUUCCGCAUUGGAAUCUGAAUCAAUUGAAACCAGCUGGUUUUGAUUUGUACCAGACAUUUUACGAGAAUGGACACGUAAAAGUGAAACCAAACUCAGACUUAGAAAGAGUCAAAAACAUAGUGGAUAGUAACCAUGCUUACUUCUCAAGAAAUGAGGAUGAUAUUGAAAAUGCUCAGGAUGCAUUUGAAAUGUUUGGUGAACCAGAGGACGCUUGGGCCAGUUUAUGUCCAGAAUCUGAAUUAAGUCGAAGAGAAUGUUUGAAUGAAAAAUUAAGAACAAAUGAUCAGGAGAAUACAGAAUCAGAGGUCACACACGAAAUUGAGAGUAGUAAUUCUGAAGAUGCCAUUUUUCAUUUAAGGGAAACUCAAACCACCAGAAAAGAGAUGCUUCCUUUACUGUGUAGUUUAAAUGACAAACAGAAGCUGAUUUUUUAUUCUGUUCAUGAGUGGUGUGUCAAGAAAAUGUCUGGAGAGCAUGUAAAACCUAUGCACAUUUUCAUAACUGGAGGAGCAGGGACAGGAAAAAGCCAUCUCAUUAAGACAAUACACUACGAAGCAUCUCGUCUCUUUGAAAAAAAGCUGCCUUCCCCAAAUUCAUUAUCUGUGGUUCUCGCAGCUUUUACAGGAACAGCAGCAUUCAAUAUUGGAGGAAAUACCAUUCAUCAUGUGUUUUCUUUAACCAAAGCUUUACCACUUCCUUAUCAACCCUUGAAGGAACAAAGUUUGAGUGGGAUAAGAACAAGAUUAGAACAUUUGCAGAUUUUGGUCAUAGAUGAGGUUUCCAUGGUCUACAAAAGAUUGUUGUAUUACAUUCAUGAACGACUUGUCCAAAUCAAAAAAUGUAAAGAACCAUUUGGUGGCGUAUCUGUGAUAGCAGUUGGAGAUUUUUAUCAGCUUCCACCUGUUAAACAACGAAAAGAUGAGAGAUUGUAUAAAGAAAAUGGUUCAUAUCCAAUUGACUACUGGCUAGAUCUUUUUAAAGUUGUAGAGUUGGACGAAAUAAUGCGACAACGUGAAGAUAAAGCAUUUGCAACUGUUCUGAAUUCACUGCGUGUUCGUACAUGUGAAGAAGCCAUAUCAGAUGAAGCAUUGAAGACACUGCAAGAGUGCAUUAGAGAUGGACCAGAUGAUGUUCUUCAUGUUUAUUCAACAAACCAAGAGGCAAAUGAAUACAAUCUUAAAAUGUUGCAUGGCAGUUGUGAAGAAUUAAUAGAAGUGCAUGCUGAUGAUUAUCAGAAAGACAAGACAACAGGGAAAUUGACUUUACGUGACAAACCUUUGGUUAGUACCCGAGUUGAUGGCCUCUCUGCUUCGUUACUUUUGGCUGUGAAUGCAAGAGUAAUGUUAACUCGAAAUGUAAGUGUUGAGGAUGGACUAGUGAAUGGUGCAAUGGGAUAUAUUUCAAACUUUGUGUUUAAGAAAAAACAACCUGCACAUGCAGUAGAAGUUGUUGAAGUCAUUUUUGAUAGUUCAAGCAUUGGUAAGAUACAAGGGAAGACAACACCCAAAGGAAAUAUUGUCCCAAUUAAAAGAGUGGAGGAAGAGCUAAAUGAGAAGAAUGUAAAGAGUAUCGUCAGACAUCAAUUUCCACUGAAACUGUCAUGGGCAUGUACAGCACAUAAAGUUCAAGGCAUGACUGCCAAGAGUGUUGUUGUGAAUUUAGAUCGGACUUUCUCUCCUGGUCAAGCAUAUGUAGCUAUUAGCCGAGUUACUUCAAAGGAUGGUCUAUUCAUUGAGACCAAUGAUGAAAGUGUUCUGCAGAAAAAAAUUUAUGCCGAUUUAGACGUGAAAUUAGCACUUAAUUCUAUGGAGAAAUACAUGUUAGAUGAAGACAGGACAUGCAAUGUAGCAGAGUUUGGAAAUUACAAAACAAUUUUUUUGUUUAAUAUACAAAGUUUGAGAGGGCACUUUCAGGAGAUGACUUGUGACAAGAGAUUACUAAAAGCUGAUUUUGUAUGUUUAACAGAAACAUGGUUAAAAGAACAUGAGAACAUUCAAGAUAUUGAAAUUUCAGGGUUUGACUUUCACCAUGUUACACGAAACCAGUGUUAUGAUGAUAGAGAAGAUGUGACGACAAGGCUAAAAACAGCUAAAGGUGGUGGGGUUGGCGUGUACAAAAAGAACACAAACGAGAAAAUCUUGAUCAAUGCUUUGGAAUGCAAGAAUAUAGAGGGAUUAACUGUAGAAAUACAUGAGGAGGAUAUUGCAAUCAUUGUACUCUACCGGCCGAGUGUACUGCCUGUAAACAAUUUUCUUGACACCUUGCAAAAAGUUGUCAAUUUUUACAAGAAGCGCUAUAACAACUUGAUAAUUAUGGGUGACAUGAAUGAAGAUGCUAAAGAGAAAGGACCCAUACAGACCUUCCUAGAGUCAUUGGGAUUUAUGCAGAUGGUACAGUUUUACACAACAGAGGGUGGAACAAUAUUAGAUCAUGUAUAUGUAACUGAGUCUCUGAAAGCCUGUGUGCACAAAAAGUCAUUGUAUUUCAGUUAUCAUGAAGCUAUUGAAAUUCAUGUGAGAACUCAAUAA